UUUUUUUUUUUUUUUUUUUUUGACAACACAAAGAAGAAACCCUUCUCUGAAGAUGAACUCAAGUGUCCCCCUUCAGAAUGCACCCAAUGCCACCUUGCUGUACAUGCCUCCCUUGCAGGGAGGAAACCACAGCACUUCACUCCAGGAGGAUAUUCGAGGUUUUAUCCACACAGCCACCUUGGUGACCUGCACUUUUCUGCUUGCCGUUAUCUUCUGUCUAGGAUCUUAUGGCAACUUUAUUGUCUUCUUGUCUUUCUUUGACCCAACUUUCAGGAAGUUCAGAACCAACUUUGAUUUCAUGAUCCUGAACCUGUCUUUCUGUGAUCUCUUCAUCUGUGGGGUUAUAGCCCCCAUGUUCACCUUUGUGCUAUUCUUCAGCUCAGCCAGCAGCAUCCCAGAUACAUUCUGCUUCACCUUCCACCUUACCAGUUCAGGCUUCAUCAUCAUGUCCCUCAAGGUAGUGGCUGUGAUAGCCCUGCACCGGCUGCGAAUGGUAUUAGGGAAGCAACCUAAUUGCACAGCCUCCUUUUCCUGCAUCUUGCUCCUCACCCUGCUUCUCUGGGCCACCAGUUUUACCCUUGCCACCUUGGCUACACUGAGAACCAAUAAGUCUCACCUGUGUCUUCCCAUGUCCAGUCUGAUGGCUGGAGAAGGGAAAGCCAUUCUGUCCCUGUAUGUUGUUGACUUUGCCUUCUGUGUUGCCGUGGUAUCUGUUUCUUACAUCAUGAUUGCUCAGACCCUACGGAAGAAUACUCAAGUCAAAAAGUGCCCCCCUGUGAUCACAGUUGAUGCUUCUAAACCACAGCCAUUCAUGGAAGCAUCUGUGAAGGGAGGUGGAGAUCCUAUUCAGUGCACUAUGCCAGCUCUGUACAGGAACCAGAAUUACAACAAACUAAAGCACAUUCAGACUCAUGGAUACAUGAAGAAUCCUAACCAGAUGCAGAUCCCUUCUGCCAAUCGAUUCCAACUGGUAUCAGCCAUCAACCUGUCUACUGCCAAGGAUUCCAAAGCUGUGGUCACCUGUGUAAUCAUUGUGUUGUCAGUCCUGAUGUGCUGUCUUCCUCUGGGGAUUUCCCUGGUGCAGGUGGUUCUGUCUGACAAUGGGAGCUUCAUCCUUUACCAGUUUGAACUGUUUGGAUUUACUCUGAUAUUUUUCAAAUCAGGAUUAAAUCCUUUUAUAUAUUCCCGGAACAGUGCUGGGCUAAGAAGGAAAGUACUCUGGUGCCUCCAGUACGUUGGCCUAGGCUUUCUCUGCUGCAAACAGAAGACUCGACUUCGAGCUAUGGGAAAAGGUAACCUUGAAAUCAAUAGAAAUAAAUCUUCGCAUCAUGAGACAAACUCUGCCUACAUGCUGUCUCCAAAACCACAGAAGAAAUUUGUGGAUCAGGCUUGUGGCCCAAGCCACUCAAAGGAAAAUGUGGUAAGUCCCAAAGUGUCUGCUGGACACCAGCACUGUGGUCAGAGCAGCUCAACACCCAUCAACACUCGCAUUGAACCUUACUACAGCAUCUAUAACAGCAGCCCUUCCCAGGAAGAGAGCAGUCUGGGAAAGUUACAGACAGCAAACUCUUUUGGAUUUGCCAGUUCAUACUUUGCCAUGCACUAUUAUACCACCAAUGAUCUGAUGCAGGAGUAUGACAGCACGUCUGCAAAGCAGAUUCCUAUCCCCUCUGUUUAAAAUCACAAGGCCAGAGAAUCC